AUGUGCCACAAUAACAUGUCGGCCCCGCUGCCUGCCACUGUGCCCGCCGUCCGGAAGGCCACCGCCGCGAUGAUUUUCCUUCAUGGAUUGGGAGACACAGGGCAUGGGUGGGCAGAAGACUUGGCAGGUAUCAGAAGCGCCCACAUCAAAUACAUCUGCCCACACGCACCGGUUAUGCCUGUAACGUUAAAUAUGAACAUAGCCAUUCCUUCUUGGUUUGACAUUAUUGGUCUUUCACCAGAUUCACAGGAAGAUGAAACUGGAAUUAAACAGGCAGCAGAAAGUGUAAAAGCUUUGAUAGGGCAAGAGGUGAAGAAUAGCAUUCCUUCUAACAGAAUUUUUUUGGGAGGAUUUUCUCAGGGUUCUAUCAGUGGCGUGAAUAGAGACAUUUCUAUUCUUCAGUGCCAUGGAGAUUUGGAUCCUUUAGUUCCCCUAAUGUUUGGUUCUCUUACUGCUGAAAGGCUAAAAACAUUGGUAAAUCCACCCAAUGUAACCCUCAAAACCUACGGAGGCACGAUACACAGUUCAUGUCAACAGGAAAUGAUGGAUAUCAAGCAGUUCUUUGAUGAACUGCUAACUCCUAUUGAUUGA